GUAGGACGGAUAAAAACUCCACCCAAGCUUUCAUUCUACAUCUGUCUGGAGAUCCGAGCAGUUACACUGCAACUGAUGUGAUCUACGAUGGAAGAAAUUCAAGCAUGAAAACUUCUCUUUUUCAGGAUAUUUAUUGGCAACAACACCCAGUGUUCAGUCAAAAACACUAAAAGUGAAAACCUGCAGGACCAAAAGACAGACCAGACGAGUUCUGUGCUUAUUUAUCGACAAAAUGGCCCAGGAUAAAAUGAAAAAUUUGAGUCUGGAAGAUGACAUGCUCCGACCUGAAAUUGGUGAAGUGCAAGGUAUUCCUGUCACAAAACCAAUAUGCACCAUAUGGGAUCAAGUGUGGAACUUCAAAGCCAGACCUGAUGAUCUGCUCAUUGCAACAUAUGCAAAAGCAGGUACUACGUGGACACAGGAGAUAGUGGAUAUGAUUCAACAAAAUGGAGAUGUUGAGAAGUGUAGACGUGCCAGUACUUACAAACGCCAUCCUUUCCUUGAGUGGUACAUCCCAGGUUCUUCACAUCUCGCAUAUUCAGGCCUGAAGUUAGCUGAAGCUAUGCCUUCUCCACGGACCAUAAAAACUCAUCUCCCUGUGCAGCUGGUUCCUCCCUCCUUCUGGCAACAAAACUGCAAGAUCAUCUAUGUGGCAAGAAAUGCAAAAGACAACCUGGUGUCAUACUACCAUUUCCACAGAAUGAAUAAAGUAUUGCCUGACCCAGGAUCCAUCGAGGAGUUCACGGAGAAAUUCAUGAGCGGAGAAGUGCUCUGGGGUUCCUGGUAUGACCACGUCAAAGGAUGGUGGAAGGCAAAAGACAAGCACCGUAUUCUCUACCUCUUCUAUGAAGAUAUGAAGGAGAAUCCAAAGAGAGAAAUUCAGAAGAUUCUGAAGUUUCUGGAGAAGGAUUUAGACGACCAGGUUCUCAACAAGAUCGUAUAUAACACCUCAUUUGAGAUCAUGAAAGACAAUCCCAUGACAAACUACACUAGGGAUUUUGAGGGAAUAAUGGAUCACUCAGUUUCCCCAUUCAUGAGAAAAGGAUCUGUCGGGGACUGGAAGAAUUAUUUCACUGUGGCACUGAAUAAGAAAUUCGAUGAGGAUUAUAGGAAGAAAAUGGCUGAUACCUCUCUAGUUUUUCGCACGGAAUUGUGAUUGUUAGCAAUGGGAGUUAUUCUUUAGCAUUUUCUAUUUUCCAUGUUUUGCUUUUCCUUCACAAAAUGCCUUUCAAAAUCUUUCUUUCACACACUAACGAUUCUUCAUUACGACAAGAUUGUUCAAACUGCAUGGAAAUAUAGAUUUGCUUCCUCGGAGAAAAUACUCUCUCCCUGAAUAUUUGCCAUUCAACCCUUCCACGGUAACUUUCAUCAUUAACUACAUUAUUUCAGGUAUUUCGGGUUUUUCUCUUUGAUAAACUGCAGUUUCAAAUCAGAAAUCAUGAAACCAACAGGAAAAAGAAGGUGUUGGAAGAUUGCACAAGCUGUGGGCAUUAUUACAUGUUAUUCCCACACUGUAUAAAUAUUAAUCAAUAAAUAAUAACAAUAAUAAAUUUUAAAUGUUGGUCAAGAAUAAACAAGGCAAGAGAAGUGCACAAAGUA